UCCAUCGUGGACUUUGUGAGGUCACAUGGCAACAUCAAGGCCUUCAUCUCCAUCCAUUCGUACUCUCAGAUGCUCUUGUACCCCUACGGCUACACCACAACUCCAGUGAAGGACCAGGCUGAACUGCACUCUCUGGCAGAGAAAGCAAUCACCGACCUGGCCUCCCUGUACGGCACUCGCUACAGAUACGGCAGCAUCAUCAACGUCAUCUACCAAGCCAGUGGUACUACAGUUGAUUGGACGUAUGAACAGGGCAUCAAGUACUCCUACACCUUUGAGCUGAGGGACACCGGUUCCUACGGCUUCCUGCUGCCUGCCAAGCAGAUCAUCCCCACGGCUGAGGAGACCUGGCUGGCUCUGAUGGCCCUCAUGGAUCACACCUACAAGAAUCCAUAUUAAUGUGCCAGUUUGUUCAGGACAGGACGGAAUUCCAGCUGCUGUCUCUUUUUCAGUGUAAUCUUUGAGGUGAAAACAAAAUCUCAACACUAUAUAUAAAUAAAAAAGUGUGACGAUAUAAACCAA